UGUUGAUUUGCAAACUUUCUUAUUACGAAGUAGGAAAAGUGUGCUUAGCAGUGAUACAUACCAUAUUUUUAAACCACAAUUCAGAGUUUUUUAUCCUCAAAUUAUAAGAAAAUACGUACUUUUUAGAAUAACCAAUCAGAAAUGACCACAUCUCAAAAAACUGUUUUCUUUCAGAGUUUUUAGACAAAGGUUAGACUAUGGAAGUGUACUAUGUUGUUUCUGUGUUGAUUGGAUUUCUGUUUUACCUUGCUGAAGGGAAAAAAGACAAAGAGCUGCAAUGUGCUGUAUGUAGAGCUUUGGUUGAUGAAGUGAACUAUGGAAUUAGUCUAGUUGACCCAAAGAAAACUGUACAAGUAGGGAGUUUUAGAGUUGAUGGAAAAGGAGACCAAAAUACAUAUAAGAAACCUUAUGCCAGAUCAGAAAUACAUUUAACAGAGCUUUUUGAAUCAAUCUGUGAAAAAUUUAAUCAAUAUGCAUUAACAAAGAACUCCAAAGGAGGGAAAAGUGUAGUACCGACAGCAUCCAGAGAUGGCAAGGGUAUAGCAUUGAAAGAUGUUACUAUAAGUAGUGAUGCUACUAAACAAAUGAAAUAUUCUUGUGAAACUUUAGUAGAAGAAUAUGAGGAAGAUAUGAUCAAAGUGCUAGGCAAACCAGAUACUAGUUUAGACAUUGCAGAAAAACAAAUUUGCAGAGAUAUAUCAGAGAUGUGUACUGAGGAAGAUUUAGAAGUACCAAUGCCAGCAAAUGAAGCUUCUGCUUAUAUUCAAGAAAGUGAUGAGGCUGAUGAUGACGAUGAUGAUGAUGAUAAAGAUGAUAAAGAUAAUGAAGAACAAAAAGGAAAGGAGGAUGAAAUAUCAAACGAAACAAAAGAUUCAACUAUGAAAGAAGAGCUUUGAUGAUGGUCCUUCUUAGAAACUUAUUUUAAAUUAUUGAAAGGAUCAGAUAUUUAUAGACUACAGACGUUUCUCUUGUGUAUGAUGUUAAAAUAUGCAUUAUUCAAUAUGUUUCUAAAAAAUAAUUUUUUAGGUACAAAUGUUGUCAAUGUUAAAGGUGCUUUUUCUUUCUCUAUUACAACUGAAAUUAUAAAGAUGUUAUCCAAUAUUUUUGCAAGUGAUCAAUUCUAUUAUGAUUUUAUUUAGAGCAUUAAAAAUAACCAGCAGUAGACUGCUUCACCUGAGCAGUAUUGAUAACAAUAUGUAUGUUUAAAAUGCUUCAGGUAAAAUUCAAAUACAAUUGACCAGUCACAUCAAAAUUGAGUAAAAGUUGAAUGAGAUUUCGUGUAAAAUGUAAUUUAUAUUUUCAAGAAAUGUAAAAUGAAAUGAUGAAGUCUGAUGUCUUUGAUUGUAUAUUUAUGCAGAAGUAAAUUACAGUUAUAAUGGUGUAAUGAAAUAUGCUAUGCUUUAUACAUUUAAAGAGCAUCUUUUUUUUAAAGAUUGUGUUUGUUUCUCGUAAAAUUUAAUCAUUUCACAUUAAGGUAAUUUAUCAUUAAGUUAUUAUUUUUUGUUUGAAGCAUACAGGAUCCAUUUAUUGUCAUAUUGCCCUUGCCAUGACUUUAAACUAGGACAUCAUAGUUUUGACAAGGACAUCAAAGAUGUGAUUCUUGUUUGUUAAUUAUAAGUCUUAUAAUUAUUCUUUUUAUUUGUUGACAAAUGGAAGGUUGAACAUCAGAUCAAAGGUUGAAGUGCCUUAAGAGUCUUAUCCGACAUACAAGUUUAACUUUCAUAAUAAAGUACCUGUGUAUGUGCAAAGUCUCAAAUGUAAGUUCCUUGAAAUACUAUGAAUAUUAACCAAUAUUUUAAGGUAGAAAGAUGGCAUUAUUUUUUUUUUUGGUAACAUGAUAGUUUGUUCACAUAUUUUUGUGAGAUAGAAAUACCAAGGGCAUGCAAGCUCAAAGUAAAUAUUUGCAAGGAAUUAUUGUUGAUCAAGACAAAUACUGUGAUAACUCAUUUAUUUGAUUGCUGCAUAUGCUAUAUAUUUUUAAGUCUUGAUUCUAAACUUAAAAAAAUAUUUAGUUUAGUAUUAUCUCAACAAAAAAAGAAAACUUGGAAAAAGCAUCUGUUGCACCCUUUCCUGUAAAAGUUUUGUUAUCAAAUUAUAAAUUUCAAAUGUUGUUUUUUUUUAUAAUAGAUAUUUCAAUUUUAAUCAUCAGCAGGAAGCACUUGUUUUUAGCAUAUCAUAUUUUUGCUACCAUGCACUGCCCAUGAUUGAAAGUAAAACUUAUUAGAAGGUAUGCUUUGAGGUUGCUUGAGUCCUUUAAAGAUACAAAAUAUCAAAGUUAAGUAAUUUUACUGUUUGUAUUAUAAAGUGUUUGAGGAAGAUAUAUUAAGAGUUUGACUGUGCUGACAUUACAUUGAAAAAUGACAUUAUUGGUUUGAGAUUUCAUGUUCACAUAUACAGAAUUAAAAAAAUGAAGUUUUCAGUGAUAUGUUUGCUAACUGAACAUUCAAUAAAAAGAAUUUAGGUUAUAAACAAGAAUAAGAUUAUGGUUUAUACAAAUAUAUUUUUUCAUUGAUAAUUUCAGAGUACAUAUUUUUCUGUCAUUCAUGUAAAAAGAAAUGUAGACAGAUUUGACUAUUUUUCUUUAGUCUGUUAGUAAGACUUUUAUGUCCAUGGAUUUGAUGCUGCUACAAGCAUGAUGCAAUUGAUGAAUAAAUAUGAAAGUAUGUUUCUUUUAGGGUAGAAUUACAAAUUUCAAUAGAUAUGAACAUAAUUCAAUUUAGUAUGUAAUACUAGGAAUUAAGAGUUUCUUUGAAAGAACCUCAUUUAUGUGAAAAAUCAAUUGUGAUACAAUUUUGUAACAUAUUUAUAUUUAUGUAUAUACAUAUAAUGCAGGAAGACAUGAGAAUUGUGCAUAUUUUCUUAUGUAAUCUUAUUUUGAUAUAAUGAAUGGGAAAAUAUUACAUUUAUAUUAUAAAUUAGUAUUUUUAGUAGAUGGCUGAUUUUGAAGUGUACUAUAUUCAGGCUUGUAAAGUCUGCACUGGUACCUUGUCAGCACCCCCCUUUUCAACAUGAGAUGUCAGGAAAAAACUUUUGUAACUGCUUGAAAAUGUCUAAUGAAACUCCCAUAAUUUCAAAUCUUGUGUGAUCGUUUGCGGUAUUUUCAUGGAAAAGUCAGUUUUCCAUCAUAAAGUAGAAGUUGAAAAUGCUUGUAAAUGAUUCUAGAACACUCCAUGAGUGUUAAAAUAAGUCAAAAUCAUGAAUAAAGAAUUUGGAAAUUUGUAUUUCAUGUUAUUCGGAAGUUCGUAUAGGACGUGUAAAUUGAAAAUAAUUACGGUGAGAGUGUGUGGAAAAUCCGUACUUCAUAUAGUUAUUACUAGAAUACGACUUUGAAACUAAAACAUGUCCGUUCUUUAGUUAAAUACUAUUAAAUAUAUCCAUUACAUUAAUGUUUGAAUGAUCUUCAGCUAAAACAAAAAGCAUGCAUCAAUAUGAAACACUAACACGGAACGAAUAACCGAUUAUGUUUUGUAGUUUAUACAUUGUAAUACAUAAGCUGGUUCCUGGCUGAUUUAUAUACUUUUUUCACUCUGGUAAAUACAAGUGGAUUCCAGUUUAUGUCAUGCAAUGCUAUGAAAAGAAACAAGUAAUUUGUAAUGAAGCAUUAAAUUUUGAUAUUUAUCAAUCAAUAUUGGAUUUUGAAUUAAAAUUGCAUAUUAAUAUGGAUAAGGUAAAUUAUUAGUUUUGAAAAUUAUAAGGGCGCCCUCUACAUUUUCAAUAAAAAACGUGACGGAAUGUAAACAAACCUCAUUAAAUCAUGUUUUUCUCUUAUUUCUUGCUCAUCGUACUCUAAAAUCUGCACCCUUGCCUGGCAAUAUUAAUUUAGGAGAAAAAAAUGCGGACUAUACAAGUCUGAAUGCGGUAAUGUAUAUUCUGAUGGAUAACCACAGAAAAUGGGAAUACUUUCUUUAAAAUGAAAUCAAUACUUCAGUGUUUUGUAAAGAAAAAGUAUAUCUGAAAUCUGUGUUUUUCAAAGAAAGGCUACUUUCAAUGUACAAAAUUGUUUCAAGUGUAUUGUGAAAUCCAACAAUUAUAGAUUAGUGGUUGAAUGUUGACUCUAUGUGGUGUAAAUGUUUUUUUUUAUAAGUAUGGACAGACUUGUUGAUUGUGUUAUAUUAGAUAAUACUUUAAAAUUGUUUUUUUACCUCAAAUUUGAUAGAAUAUCCACACCAUUAAUAGUCCUCUCUUUAGAAAGCUAUUUUUAUUCUUCAGGGGGAGGGUAACAUCUUGCAAUACAGUGAUUGUACAUUUGUACUUCUCUAUUGUCGGAUUUAUGUGGUAACCUCUAAAUGUCUAUUUUGGUUAACUUGUAUUGAUAGAUUACUUUUCAUUGACUUUUCACUCCCACAUCUCCUUAUUCAUAUUCAUAAGUAUUGAUAAAUUACCCUUUAAGUUGCACGUCUGUAAAUAUAGAGAAAUGCAAUUUCUCAUAGGAUCUCAUUUUACGGCUAAAACUAUGCCACUUUUACUAUGAAGUUUCGUAAAAAAUUAUAUCAUAGAAUGGAAAAUUGAUAUGCACUACUUUUUUUUUACAAAGGUCAAAACAUAGGGCUGUGCAUCAUAUUUUCAACAUUUAUAUACCCUGUACUUCUAAGAGUUUAAACUUAUACUAAAAUUCUGUACUACCCCUUCACUUUGGGUCUUCCACAUAAUUCAUGGCCGCUAUCCAUGUGUAUUUAUACUGGUAACUAACAUACCCAAGUUAUGUCUCUAUGAGAUGAUACAUAGAGAUCAUAUCUGGGAACCAGAACUUAAAAAAGCAAAUUUCUAUGAAUAUUAUCUAUCUCCCCAAAAGAGGCGUGGUUUGUGAAACAGCUGUAUUUACAAGUGCAACCUAUACUCUACAUGAGAUUUUGGAAAUAACUGGUGGUAGACACAAAUGUUUAUCUUUUGCGCUAAAAAUUAUAAUCUCAAAACUACAAAUUUCAAAAAAUAAAAUGGAGUUGUUUCCCCUCACAGAUUAGUUGUUAGGGCUUAUGUGUCUAAGAAUAAUGAGAAAAUGAAGUACAUUCUAUAGAAAUUUUCAUUUGAUUUGAUUACAUGUAUCAAAUUUAUAAAUGUUAACAUAUGCAUGCUGUAGUCUCAUUUUUCAUUUAAGAUACAUUUGUACAUUUACUGAGUGCUUGUUUUUUCUUUUUCGAUAUGGAAUAUUAGUUAUCUUAACAUUUGGUAAUUUGGUUAAUGCUUUAUGUAUCAUUAAUCUCUAUCAGUACAUGUGUUUCUUUUUAUAGGUGUAAUAAAUUAUAUUUUUAUAA